AUGCCACAUAAGGUCAAACUCGACCCCACAAGCAUCAAGAACCCGAUGCUCCAGCUCGACUGUGCCGGCACACUGCCUCCUCGCGCCUGCUGCCAGCAGCCGUCGCGGCCCGUGGUGCACCAGAGAGAGAGGUCGACACGUUGCCCCCGCCGGCGAGUCCGCGCGGCUCAGGCCGGCCAGAAGAAGAGCUCGCUGAACGCGAGCAGCAGAUGGCCAAGUGUACCAGCUCGAGAGCCUCGCGAGCGGGCGCAGAAGGAGCUCGCCGUGACACGAUGCCGGGCGGUGGUGGUGCUCUGGCGACUGUGCACAGUGGGCAAAGUCAGGCUGCAACAGGGCAGCACGAUGGUAGUGCCCUGCUGCAGCCUGGCCUGA